UCUGUGACACGCGAGGCUCCUUAGUUACUUGGAAGCCGAAGGCAGAGGCAGGAGGUGGGAAGACCCUUCCUGGCUUUCCAGCCCCACAGAACAGCCCCAUUCUGGUCUGAUUGAUUACCUUUGGACAGAGUGGAGGCUGUGUCCCACAGACUCUGGCAUCAUGAACAUAUUUGAUCGGAAGAUCAACUUUGAUGCGCUCUUAAAAUUUUCCCACAUAACCCCCUCAACACAGCAGCACCUGAAGAAGGUCUAUGCCAGUUUUGCCCUCUGUAUGUUUGUGGCGGCUGCGGGGGCCUAUGUCCAUGUGGUCACUCAUUUCCUUCAGGCUGGCCUGCUCUCUGCCUUGGGCUCUCUGGGGUUGAUGAUUUGGCUGAUGGCAACACCUCAUAGCCGUGAAACUGAGCAAAAAAGACUGGGACUUCUUGCUGGAUUUGCUUUCCUUACAGGAGUUGGCCUGGGCCCUGCUCUGGAGUUGUGCAUUGCCAUCAAUCCCAGCAUUCUUCCCACUGCCUUCAUGGGCACAGCAAUGAUCUUCACCUGCUUCACCCUGAGUGCACUCUAUGCCAGGCGCCGCAGCUAUCUCUUUCUGGGAGGUGUCUUGAUGUCAGCCAUGAGCCUGAUGCUCUUGUCUUCCCUGGGGAAUCUUUUCUUUGGAUCCAUUUGGCUUUUCCAGGCAAACCUGUAUGUGGGGCUGGUGGUCAUGUGUGGCUUCGUCCUUUUUGAUACUCAACUCAUUAUUGAAAAAGCUGAAAAUGGAGAUAAGGAUUAUAUCUGGCACUGCGUUGACCUCUUCUUAGAUUUCAUUACUCUCUUCAGAAAACUUAUGAUGAUCCUGGCUAUGAAUGAGAAGGACAAGAAGAAAGAGAAGAAGUGAAAUGACCUUCCAGCCUUGUCCAGUUUGACCUCCUGUCCCUCCACCCCUCAUUUCCUCUUCGCACACAUUACAGGUGGUGUGUUCUGUGAUAAUGAAAAGCAUCAGAAAAGCUUUUGUACUUUGUGGUUUUCUCUACUUUGAAUUUUUUGAUCAAAAAACUGAUUAGCAGAAUAUAGUUUGGAGUUUGGCUUCGUAUUCCUGGGGUUCUUCCCCACUCCCUUUUCUGCCCAGCCCAGUCCUAGCCUCUUCCUCUGCUCAGGCAGCCGGUCACCAUGACGAGGAGUGGGACCCACAGCAGAGCAAACUCCGGGAGUCCACUUUCCAGCCGAACUUCGCCAGGUGCACCUGAACUGGUAGAGCCGCCUCAGCCCUUUGCUCAGCAUCGCUUGGUUUGUGCACAGUUCCUGUGGGACUAGGCAGUGUGUUUCCCAUUGGAAAGGAGUUUGGUGGUCCCGUUUUUUUUUUUUACCCAGGCUCACUGUAUCUGAGCUUCUGUCAACACCUACAAAGAAAAUGAAGAGCCUCUCCUGGUGGAUGCUUUGCUUCCUCUGAGCUGCCCAAGCCGUUGCUGGUCUGACAAACACAUCUCUCUGCCUUGCUAUCCUAAAAGGAGUGUGGAUUUAUGUGUUCCUAUUCCCCAUCCCUUGUCUGACCGUUGGGGAAUCUGCCUGUUUCUAUCCGUGAGGAGGGAGGCUUUCAAUACAAAGGAAAGACUGAUUCUUGUCAGACAUUUAUGAAAACGCUGGUUAUGUAUGGCAAGAUAGAGCAUAGAAUUCCCUAACUGCCCAUCUUUAUUUUGGUCAUCACCUUAGUUGUUGAGUGGCUUCCACCACAGUGACUUUGAUUGAAGAUCCCAGGAGAGGAAGGAUAGGGAAGGGGCAUGGUUGAGCCUGGGGGUAAUUGUAAACUAAUUCUGCCAGGCAGACCUAGAUAAGGACCUGUUUGGGGCAGUGGGGGAGAAAAUCGCUGCUAACUGAAUGGUUCUUUGUUCAGAUCAGCAGAACUGGGUGGUGAUGACUUAGGCAGCAUUCAUGACAGUCCAGUGCAUUUCUGUUUUCCGCCUGGACGCCAAUAAUGUCAGGCCAGAGAUUCGGGGCAGUAGAUAAACGUUCAUUUUACAGAUGCACUUUAGUUUUGGGGCUGUUCACCUGUUCCCAGAAAUCUGUAGCCUUCCGGGUGGGGACUAGGUGAUCAAACCUGUAACACCUCUAAUUCCCUUCAGCUUUGUGGUUGUGAGUGAGGGAGGGCGAUACCAAUGGGGAUCACCAGCUCUUUCCCAGGGAGCUGCCACAGUCAGCGGGCACAGAAGGGCAGGCAGCCUCGAGAGCAGGUGUGACCCUGGCUACUCACAGGGCCUCAGUGUAAGGGGGACUGAGCCAUCAGGAGUCCACUGCCAGGAUGAUACCACUUUUGGCUCUCCCUGUUCACAACCAGCACGCAGUUUGACCUGGUGGCUGCUGGUUCGCAGCGCACCGCAUCCCCGGGCCACCCCGUGAAAAGAUUUGUUCCCGGGGUGUUGGUAUUCCUAGAGUGCCAUGCUGCCCAGAAUGGCUUGCUUCUGCAGAGGAUGCUGCCCUCUGAUUUAGCUGCCGCCUCCAGCCUCUGGCUUGAGAACUUACUAAAGGGACUUCCUUCCCAUUGCACACACACACACAACCCCCCCCCCCCCCCCCCCGGCCCCAGUAGCACUCUCCAUAAAUUUGUUGAUUCUCUGCUAGGCCUGAGAAUCUGAGUUACAUCUCUUGAAGCCAAACUCCACCUCUUAUGCUUUUUUGCUUGGGAUAAAGGAGUUUUUCUUUAGAAACAGUGCCAAGAAUGACAAGAUAUAAAAAACUACUUUUAAAGAAAAUGUCUAACAGGUUUUUAAUACAGUAAUCACUGUAAUUAUCACUUUCUUUUCUAGUUCCUUGGUUUUCAGCUCAGGCUGCAUUCUCUAACUCAUACUGUGAAGACAAAGGUGUUUUUGAUUCAGAAAUAUAUGAAAUCAACAUAGUCUUAAUUUGUAAAAAAAAUAAAGAAAAUUCCUUAACCUUU